AUGGAGAAGAUUUAUAAUGCAAAGAGGUGCCCUGACGACAACAGAUUGGCGUUUACUGAAUACCUGCUGACUGGUGAGGCUAGCCACUGGUGGGCGAGCGUGAAGACUAUCCUGACAGACGCUCAUGCUCCCAUCACUUGGGAAGUUUUCAGGAACAAAUUUUAUGAAGAGUAUUUCCCAGACAGCGUUCGCUACGCCAAGGAAGUGGAGUUCCUUCAAUUGGUGCAAGGGGGAAAGUUUGUAUCGGAGUACACCAAUACUUUCAAGCAGUUGUUGAGGUUCAACACUAUGACCACUAGUGAAGAGUGGCAGUGUAGGAAGUUCGAGAAUGGGUUAAGGAGCGACCUGAAGGUGUUGAUAUCAAGUUUAUGCAUUCGGUCAUUUCCUGCCAUGGUGGAGAGAGCCAAAGUACUGGAGAAGAAUAUGGCAGAGGUGGAACGACAAAAGAAGCAGCCACAGGUGGUUAGAGGACCGGUCGUAUCCAGGGGUACUGCUAAUCUGAGAAGUACUCCUUACACUCGUCCAAGUCAAUCGAAUACAAGUGGAUCACGAGCGCUGGUCUCUGCCAGACAGUCUGGGCAGCCAGGAAACAUUACUUGUUUCCAGUGUGGAGGACCACACUAUCGUUCGUCCUGCCCUCAGCUGAUAAGAGGUAAAUUCUGCACUCGUUGUAGAAGAAAUGGGCACUUGGAGAGUGAGUGCAACAUGGGUGGACGCGCUGUGAUGAGGCCACCGAAUGCUGGGAGAAAUCAACCAAGGGGAGGUGGACGAGCCCAAGCUGUUGGGCGUGUAUAUGCUUUGACUGGUGCAGAAGCAGCAAGUUCAGGUAAUCUUAUAACGGGUGAAUGCUUGCUGUAUGGUAGAUCUUGCUGUGUAUUGUUUGAUUCGGGAGCAACACAUUCCUUCAUCUCGAAGGCGUGCGUUGGCAAACUGGGUUUAAAAGUGAGAGAGAUGCAGUUUGACCUGGUGGUGUCAACCCCAGCGGCUGGCGAGGUUAGGACGUCCACUAUGUGCGUCAGGUGUCCUAUAGUAGUGGAAGGGCACUGUGGGGAGAAGGAGUUAAUUUUUCCGAAUGAAGAAGAGGAAGAAUUAUCAGUGACGCUCGGCCAGCUGAAAGAAGACAUUAUGGAGGGCGCCAGUUGUUUUCUGAUUAUGACGCACGAAGAUCAGGAGUUCGGAAGUGUGAGGCAAGAACGAUCGUCCAACAGUAAAGAACGAUCGGUUGUAGAUGAUUUCCCGGACGUCUUUCCGGAAGAAAUACCUGGACUUCCCCCUCCUCGUUAA